UGCGGAGGCGGGAAGGAGCGAGCGUCCUGACGACAGGGACGUCACCUGACCCCACAAGGAAGCAUGGCUGCACUCUGACACAGCAAAAAGUGCCGAAGUGACGUGCGAGGAUGUGAGAAAUAAUGGAAACAGGUUAGUCCACGGAACAGAUGAAGUCCCAGGAGCAAAGUGUGAUCAGACACAAGACAGGCGCGGGAAAGGUAAACAGAAGCUGCUGAGAUGAGGUCAAAGACCAUCCUGCUUGUCGUCCUAGCGGUUCUGAUGACAAGGAUGUGCCAGAGCCGCGUUGUCUCUCGAUGUGAGCUCAAAAAGAGACUUGAUGAGGUCAUUGUGCUGCCUGAAGGCCUUCAAAUGUUCAAAAGGAACAUCCUGUCCGUAGUAUUGUGUGAAGUGGAGAGGAUAUCCAAUCUGAACACCAGUCUAGUCCGGACUGUCCCCACCGUGUCAAUUGUCCCUCACCCUACUACCAACACCACAAAACCUCCUGAACCACCAACUACCAACACCACAAAACCUCCUGAACCACCAACUACCAACACCACAAAACCUCCUGAACCACCAACUACCAACACCACAAAACCUCCUGAACCACCAACUACCAACACCACAAGACCACCUGAACUACAAAAUACCAACACCACAAGACCUCCUGAACCACCAACUACCAACACCACAAGACCUCCUGAACCACCAGCCAUCAACACCACAAGGCCUCCUGAACCACCAACUACCAACACCACAAGACCUCCUGAAUCACCAGCCACCAACACCACAAGACCUCCUGAACUACCAACCAGCACCACAAGACCUCCUGAACUACCAACCAACACUACAAGACCUCCUGAACCACUAACUACCAACACCACAAAAUCUCCUGAACUACCAACUACCAACACUACAAGGCCUCCUCAACCAACAACUAACAACACCACAAGACCUCCUGAACCACCGACCACCACCAACACCACAAGACCUCCUGGACCACCAACUACCACCAACACCACAAGACCUCCAGAACCACGAACUACCACCAACACAACAAGCCUUCCAGAACCACCCACUAAUCCCAACACCACAAGAUCCCCUGAACCGCCAACUACUACAACCACCACAGAACCUCCUGAACCACCAACUACCACAGCCACCACAAGACCCCCUGAAACACCUACUACCACCACCCCCACCCCCAGACCCACUGAACCACUAACUACCACCACAAGACCUCCUGAACCACCAACUACCACAGCCACCACAAGACCCCCUGAAACACCUACUACCACCACAAGACCCCCUGAACCACCUACUACCACCAACACAACAACACCUCCUGAACCAUCAACUACCACCACCACCACAAGACCCCCUGAACCAUCAACUACCACAGCCACCACAAGACCCCCCGAAACACCCACUACCACCACCACCACCCCAAGACCCCCUGAACCACUAACUACCACAGCCACCACAAGACCCCCUGAAACACCUACUACCACCACCCCCACUCCAAGACCCCCUGAACCACUAACUACCACCACCUCCACAAGACCUCCUGAACCACCAACUACCACCAACACAACAACACUUCCUGAACCAUCAACUACCACAGCCACCACAAGACCCCCUGAAACUACCACCACCCCCACCACAAGACCCCCUGGACCACUAACUACCACCACAAGACCUCCUGAACCACUAACUACCACCACCACCACUGCAAGACGCCCUGGACUACUAAGUACUACCACCACCCCAAGACCCCUUGAAGUAGAAACCAUGAGCACAAUAUUUGUUCAAUUGUCUAACACCAGUCUAGCAAACAUAUCGCGUCAGAUUGAGCUGGCGGCGUUGGAGAAGCACUUGGAUGAAAUGUGGAGUACAAACCAAGGGACACGUAGGAAGAGACAGUUACCGGACGAUAAUGUGGACCACCAGCCGUAUUCUCACACUUUGUAUGGACUUUUCCAGAUGUCUGACUCCAUUUUCUGCGAGUUAAGCGAUCCUUGGACCAACAACAUCUGCAUGACGCCCUGCACUGCUUUUAUCGACGAUGACAUCACGGACGACAUCGAAUGCUUCGUGGCCAGUCAGUACUGGAUGAAUGUGUUCAGGACGGCCAGCCCUCAGUGUUACGCCGUCACCGACUUCCUCGAUGAGUGUGUUUGAUCUCGUAUGAACAAUAAAUUCUUUCCCGAUCUACUGUUUUCUUUGCGGAAAUCACUCAGUCUAACAUAAAAGUGGACUUUGUUUCCAGUGUUUUUCGGAUUUUUUUUUUUUCUAUUCAAAGGUCUUUUUAGUAUUUAUUUGAGAUCUCAAAUAGCACACGUUUGCAGAGAAGCAGCUGCUAACAGAAAGAAGGAAGAGAGCAAAAGAGAAGAAAGACAUUUUUCAGAUAUUUCUGUCCGCCUUUUAGAUGUGAGAAGAUCGAGGAGAAGUUGGUGCGAAGGAAUGUUUUGUUUACAUCUUGGAAAAGGCAGCAAUACAGCAUCAAUCACUCAAGUAACGCAUUUGCAGAGUAACCUUUGACCAAAAGACAAAUACAAUAUGAGUUAGUAAUUACAAAAAUGUUUGCCUCAUGUUCUCAGGUGUUUUUAAAAUAACUUUAUUGAUACAGAGGGU